GUAGGAAUGAAUUAUGUGCAUCUUAUGAUAAGAAUUUCGAUAAGCAAACUUGUCUUAGAGGCGUCUCCUAUAACCUGUCACAUCCAUAGGACGAGGUUCAAACUUCAUUAAUUACUCUCGUCGGGAAGGCUGAGUGACCAUCCCAUCUUGGGGACCCAAAAUGUCCAUUCAGAGUCUCACGUUCUCACUACUACGUAUAUCCCAUACCACUUGAUGAUUACCAUUGUCCCAACUGGAGAAAGAGAAAAUGGCAGGCACUUCAAUCAUAAUUUCGGCCAAAAUGCUUUUUAGCCCAUCAUUCAUGCAUCUAGAACAAAUGUUAGGACACUUCCAAAAUUCCUAAUAUGAACGCGCCUCACUCUGUUCCUUUUUUGGCUCAAGCCGUGUUUUUGGUCUUCCUAAAGUCCUUCAAUGAAAGCUUAAAUUACUCGUUGACCUUUGUAGGUGCUAAACAGUUACACGGUAAUUUACUUCUCCGACCCGUCCCAUUUUAAUAGUCCACUCUGUUGAACUAAAACGAGACAGAGAGAGUACUAUUCUUCCACUUAUAAAAGACGUUGAGUUGGUUGGGAGUCAUUUAAGCAUCAAGCCAUCAAUGUUCAACUUCCUCCUCAAAUGCAAUGAAAUUCAUUAGACAUUUUCUUGUUUCACUCAUACUACUUUGCAGUGUUCUUCUUUCUGGGGCUCUAUCAAUCUCAGGACCAAGAACACUAAAUGUUGAAAUUGAGGCAUUGAGAGCAUUCAAAAGCUCAGUUAGAAGUGAUCCAUUGGGUGCACUUGACAAUUGGAUUGAUGCCAACCACCAUUGUAAUUGGACUGGAGUUGCAUGUGAUAAUUCUUCUUCUUCUGCCAGCUUCAGACAUGUCAUUUCCAUCUCUCUGGUGGAUAGACAGCUCCAAGGUGAAAUCUCUCCUUUCUUGGGAAACCUCUCAAGACUCCAGGUUCUUGAUCUUGCCUUGAAUUCAUUUACUGGGAGUAUCCCUCCUCAGCUGGGGAAAUGUUCCAUGCUUACUGAACUCACUCUUGUUUCCAACUCUCUUUCGGGUCGAAUCCCGGGAGAACUUGGAAACCUUAAAAGUAUACAAGCAAUGGACCUUGCUAACAACCUCUUGAAUGGGACAAUCCCAGAUAGCUUCUUCAACUGUACAUCUCUGGUUCAGAUAAGUAUCAUCUAUAAUGAACUCACAGGGAACUUACCUUCAAGUAUUGGCAACUUGAUCAAUGCUCAGCUAUUUGUUGCUUAUGGAAAUCAACUUCAGGGUCCAAUACCAUCUUCCAUUGGGAAGAUGCUGGCAUUGCAGGCUCUUGAUUUAGACUCUAACAAAUUAUCUGGAAGUAUACCUCCAGAAAUUGGAAACUUGACCAACUUGCAAAUUGUCAAUCUCUUCUCUAACUUUCUGUCAGGGACAAUCCCUGCUGAAUUCGUUCGCUGUUCGAAUUUAGUAGCUUUGAACAUAUAUGACAAUCAGUUCAGUGGAGCCAUUCCUCCUGAACUUGGUAAUUUAACCAGUUUGGAAGAGUUAAGGCUGUCCCAGAAUAAACUCAACUCCACAAUCCCAGACUCUUUGUUCCAGCUAAAAUCGCUAACCCGAUUAGGCCUCUCUGAGAAUGCAUUGUUUGGAGUAAUCCCAAAUCAAAUUGGGUCUUUGAGAUCAUUGGAAGUAGUUACCCUCCAUGGGAAUAGAUUGACAGGGAAAAUCCCUUCAAGUAUAACCAAUUUGUCCAACCUAGUAUACUUAACUUUGAGCUUCAAUUCAUUCACAGGUUCCCUUCCCUCAGAUAUUGGUUUGCUCAGUAACUUGAGGAACUUAUCAGCUGAUAAUAACUUUCUUGAGGGUUCAAUCCCUCCCAGUAUAACCAAUUGUACUCAUCUUGAAAGAAUAGCCCUGACCCUGAAUAGAGGACUUUCAGGAGAAUUGCCAACAGGGUUAGGCCAAUUGUCUAACCUCACAUUUUUCAGCGUUGCUGGGAACCAGAUUUCGGGCCAAAUCCCUGAGGACAUCUUCAACUGCCCCAAGCUCGAAAUUCUUCAUGUUAACGACAACAAUUUCACAGGGAAGCUCAGUUCAAGCAUUGGGAGAUUGGCAAGUCUUCGAUCUUUCCGAGCUGGGUUCAACUCAUUCCUUGGUCCCAUCCCUCCAGAAAUUGGUAACCUGAGUCAAGUCAUUUACUUGUAUCUUCACGGGAACAAUUUUUCUGGCCUGAUUCCUCCAGAGUUAUCCAGACUUGGGCGCUUACAAGGCCUCACACUGCAUUGCAACGAGCUGGAAGGCGCGAUACCGGAGGAACUUUUUAAGCUGAAACAACUCUCUGAACUUCGUCUGCAACAGAACAAGUUGGUUGGUCCAAUACCAGAAGCAAUCUCCAAUAUGAAGUCACUGACUCAUUUGGAUGUUAGUGAAAACAUGCUCAAUGGAAGCAUCCCGAAAGGUAUGGAAGAUCUCGUUCGUCUCAGUGUCCUGGAUCUGUCAAGAAAUAACCUGAGUGGAAGCAUUCCUGGUUCAGUGAUUGCAAGGUUGAAAAACAUGCAAAUAUAUCUGAAUCUUUCGCACAAUUUCUUUGAUGGAACCAUUCCAAAUGAAAUUGGAAGUUUAGGAAUGGUGCAAGUUAUAGACUUGUCAAGCAAUAAUCUCUCAGGAAGUAUUCCUGGGGGAAUUCUAGGUUGCAGGAAUCUUUACUCUCUAGAUCUUUCUGAUAACAAGCUUUCAGGAGAUCUUUCAGAAGAUGUUUAUCAACUCAGAGAGCUCUUGAGUUUGAAUCUCUCAAGAAACCAAUUAGGCGGCGAACUUCCUGCGCAAUUAGCAAACCUGGUGCAUCUUCAGUCCCUUGAUCUUUCGCAAAACAAAUUCCAUGGCAACAUUCCUGAAACCUUAGCUGAUCUCUCAACCUUAAAAUUCCUCAACCUUUCUUUCAACCAGCUUGAAGGUCAUGUUCCAGAAAAUGGCGUAUUUCGAAACCUGAAUACCAGUAAUCUUGUGGGAAAUGCAGCCCUUUGCGGAGCAAAACUUGACAAGCCAUGCAACCCUGUCAAAAACCUGAAGCACUCAAACUCCUUCAAGAAAAGAACCGUUUUCAUUCUCCUAGCUCUCGGAUUGGUUGGCGUGCUCAUUCUGUCAGUGUUUGCGAUCUUCCUGCUUCGUCAAAGAACAAGAACUCAAAAGAUCACAGAAGUUGAAAACUCAGAACCCAGGUAUGCUGGAUCACUGCCCUUCAAGAGAUUCAGCCUGAAGGACAUAGAGAUCAUGACGAAUUUCUUCAAUCAGGAUAACAUCAUUGGGUCCAGCAGUUUAAGCACGGUUUACAGGGGCAUAAUGGAAGAUGAGAAGGCUGUGGCAGUAAAGAUAUUGAAUCUACAGCAGCAUUCAGUAGAUUUAGAUAAACAUUUUGACAGGGAAGUCCAGACAUUAGGGCGAUUAAGACACAGGAACCUUGUUAAAGUGCUUGGUUAUGCUUGGGAAAGCGGGAAGCUGAAAGCUCUAGUUUUAGAGUUCAUGGAGAAUGGAAGCUUGGACAUAAUGAUACAUAACUCUACAGUCACUGAUUCCAAGUGGACAGCAUCAGGGAUUAUGGAUGUUUUGAUUUCCAUCGCGAACGGGCUGGUUUAUCUGCAUUCAGGUUACGAUUUCCCUAUCGUGCAUUGCGACUUGAAACCAUCUAAUAUACUCUUGGACAAAGAUUUUGUUCCACAUGUGAGUGAUUUUGGGACAGCUAGGAUUUUGGGAAUUCAUAUGGAGAGUGGAAGUGACUUUUCUACUACUGCAUCAGCAUUUGAAGGAACUAUUGGCUACUUAGCACCAGAGCUUGCAUACAUGAGGAAGGUUACAACGAAGGUAGAUGUGUUCAGCUUCGGAGUUAUUGUACUGGAACUGCUCACGAAAAGACGGCCAACCGGACUUAUAGAAGAUCAAGGGACACCAAUCACAUUGCCUCAUCUGGUUAAACAAGCCCUUAAAAGAGGAACCAAGGGGUUAGUUGAGGUUAUGGAUCCUGGUUUAGCACCAUAUGCCUCAAAGAAUCAGCAGGCAGUGGAGGGCCUAUUGAAUCUAGCUUUGUCAUGCACUCAUCAAGAUCCAGAAAACCGACCUGACAUGGAAGAUGUGUUAUCAUCCCUGGAAAAACUAAGCAAGCAAAUUUGAGGACUUUUGGGUAUCUAUCUUCUUUCACAGAAAAAUGAGUUUAGUUCUAAACAUUUGAGGGAAAUUUUGUAGACUAUUAUAGUGUCUGAAACAUGACCUUCAAGCAGAAAGAAAGAUGAACACCUGCAAGUUUGAAGGUCAUGCUGCAUUUUGUAAAGCUAAGUAGCUCUUUGAUGAAUGCUUGAUAAUUCAUGGCCAAUCAAAAAGAUACUUCAAAAAAAAAAAAAAAAUUUAUUGCUAACAAGAAAAUAUUAUUCAAUUGCUAGAGAUUUAGUGCUAAUUCAAUGAUUAUGACUCAUUUAUGUCCACUCCUAAUUGAGGUAUUGAAUUUUGUUAUAAGACUAUAAUUAAUUUCUAAUCAUUGGAAAGUCAAAACUAUUAGUAUGGAUUUAACUUCCAAGAUUUGGCAAAUCAUUUACUGUAUGUCACUAUAAUAACCAUACUAAAUUAAUAUUUCUCUCUUGUCUAUAUAAUUAUUGUUUUGUAACAGAAUGAUUCAGUUCAAUCUUACAAACUUCUUUUUAUUUUUCACAUAUCAUGUCGACCUAUAAACUGAUUAGUUGCUUGCUCUUUGGUUUAGUUAUCCUAAACCUUUUCACUGUCCACGAAUGUAAGUACGCGUAACAAAGAAAAAUUACAAAAAGUGGAAGCAAACUGUUUAAUUUUUACGGUCUAUUGUCUUUUUUUUUUUUUUUUCAUUUGUGAGAGAUUUAAACCUAAAUCGUGUGCGUUUAACAUCUUUUAGUGAUCAAUUGGUCGAUAUUGUGUCCGUUGUUAUAAACUGGAAAAAAAAUUACUCCCUCCGUCCCAUAAUUAUUGUACAGUUUGAGUUUUCAUUUAUAGUUCAAAUUAUGUUAAAAGUGAAAUCCAAACUGGACAAUAAUUUUGGGACGGAAGGAGUAUUUAUUUUCUAUGUAUUUUGCUCUAAAUUUUUUCACCUCCAUUUUUCAUUUUAUUGCAGGUGUUGAUGGAGGGAAUCGUAAGGUUAAGAGGAGUCCAGGGGAAAAUAUAGUUCUUGACUUUUGCAAGAAGGAGAGUGAAGGUGUGUGGUGUUGCCUGUUCAGUGGUAACCCUGAUAUUUGUUGGCCAACUAGAGAUGUAUGUGAAGCAAAAUGUCAUAAGACAUGAAGUUAUCGUCUAUAUAAACUCUUCAUCGCUAUGAAAAAAACUGGUAUUCUUCCCGUACGUCGUACGGAAUGUUAAACUAAUAUUAAUAUUUUAUUUUUAUUUUUAAUGAAAAUGUCAUUUUCAAGGUAUAAACCAAGAUCAUCGACAACCAUAACUAAUUGUAAUUGAGAGAUUUCUUAUUAAAGGUGUCACAACUUUCAUAAUUUCAGAUGAAAUUAAGACUAUUAUUCACAGAGAAUGAGUUAUGUUCUAAACAUUUGAGGUAAAUUUUGUACGUAAAUAUUCUACUGU